UGCACUAGGCGGCGAUGGCGGCGGACGGGGACUGGCAGGAUUUCUAUGAGUUCCAGGAGCCGGCCCUGAGCCUCCAGGACCAGGAGAACUGUAACGCGAGCCCCGAGGCCGAAGCAGGGCCGGGCGGGGGAGGCGACGGCUUCCCAGCGCUGGCCUGCAGCUUGGAGGAAAAGCUGAGCCUGUGUUUCCGUCCCUCUGGUCCGGGUGCUGAGCCCCCCAGGGCGGCCGUGCGGCCCAUCACCGAGUACAGCCUCCUGCAGGGGGACGAGAUUUGGAAUGCCCUGACAGAUAAUUACGGAAAUGUAAUGCCUGUAGACUGGAAGUCAUCCCAUACUAGGACCUUGCAUUUGCUUACUCUGAACCUCUCAGAAAAAAGGACGAGUGACAGCUUGCUCUUUGAUACCUCAGACGAUGAGGAGCUGAGAGAACAGCUGGAUAUGCAUUCAAUCAUCGUCUCCUGCGUUAACGACGAGCCCCUCUUCACGGCAGACCAGGUGAUUGAAGAAAUCGAAGAAAUGAUGCAGGAGUCACCAGACCCAGAAGAUGAUGAAACACCCACCCAGUCAGAUCGGCUUUCAAUGCUUUCCCAGGAAAUUCAAACUCUUAAGAGAUCUAGUACAAGCAGUUAUGAAGAGAGAGUGAAAAGACUGUCCGUAUCUGAAUUAAAUGAACUGCUGGAAGAAAUCGAGACGGCCAUCAAGGAGUACUCUGAAGAGCUGGUGCAGCAGCUGGCCCUGCGAGAUGAACUGGAGUUUGAAAAGGAAGUGAAGAACAGCUUUAUUUCAGUUCUCAUUGAAGUGCAGAACAAACAGAAAGAGCACAAAGAAACAGCCAAAAAGAAAAAGAAACUCAAGAACAGCAGCUCUCAGAAUGGGAAGAACGAGAGGAGUCACCUGCCUGGCACACGCUUCAGCAUGGAAGGGAUCUCAAAUGUCAUUCAGAAUGGCCUCCGCCACACCUUUGGAAAUUCAGGUGGAGAGAAACAGUACUUGACAACGGUCAUUCCUUAUGAGAAAAAAAAUGGACCACCAUCUAUUGAAGAUCUUCAAAUAUUAACAAAAAUUCUUCGUGCCAUGAAAGAGGAUAGUGAAAAAGUUCCGAGUUUGUUAACUGAUUAUAUACUGAAAGUUCUGUGUCCUACAUAGGGCAGCAUAACUUCAGGAACAGCUUUAUCUUCUGUGGACAGCAAACUAAAUUGCUUAUAGCAUUAUUCUGAAAGCUGGCUACCAUUACCUUCCCGCUAUUGGAAACUCAGGACACCUGAACUUGGGUUUGUGAUUCAGUAUUACUAUAGUGAUCAUGCCUUCUCUAAUGCUUUAUAUUAUGAACCGAGGGAACUAUGGCACUAUUUUGAAUUCUAGAGAUGUUUUGUUAAAUACUAACAAUUAUGAACUCUUCUCUUUUCCAGCCUUAUAGAGUAAGGGGGAGUGAUGUUAAUUGUGCACGUACCGUUAUAUUUUUCACGCCUGUUUGAGUUUUUAAGGCUUUCUAGAUCUAAACUGCACUCACUCAAGAACUAGAUCAAAGCACUGAGAGAUUUAUACUCGUUAUUUUUCAGUGCUGGCAAGAACCAACACUGAUUUUUUUGUAAGAGAAUUGUCAGUGUAAAUAUUACCUACCAGUAUUGUCCAGAGAGACUAAGACUUAAAAAUUGGGGUGUUCUUGGAAGAAGGGAAAUCAGAAUAUGCGUUGUCUUGGCUUAAUACUUAGUCAAUAUCGAAACAGCUGGAGAUGACUGAUUUUAGAGGUUGCUGCGUUUCACCAUUGUUCAUAUUUUAACCAUUAAGAUGCCAUUUACUUUCAGAAUCUUGUAUUAACUUUAGAGGUUUCAAUACUUCAUUUCACUUGUCUGUGAAGAAGUGUCCUUUAAAAGGAGUUUGUAUCCUUUAAGGUGCUUAAGAAACUGUAUGCUGCAGCAUUGCCCAUUUCCUGUUACUGUUAUAUUUUAUUCAUGCCUAUGUGUCUUCCUAAAGUACUAAUUCUAGAAACAGCUACUCAUGGAUCCAUCACUAGUCAUGAAAAACUUUUGCCAGUUCCAAUCAAGUCAAUGUCAUUUAAUAAAUGUUGGGGAAAAAAAAGGUAAUAUAUACUUGAGAGCUUUAUUUUUGAGUUUUUGGUUUUUUGAUUUUUUCCUUCCCUUAACAGUGCUGGAUUCCUCCCCUCACUGUUCACACAUUGUCCAUCAUUACAGCGUGUGAGCUGGUGAAAUCUUGAUUAGCCUCAUGAUGCUAAGGAGGGGAGAGAGGGACUUUUUUCAGAUUGUGCUAAGCUUCUGUGGAAUGAUGGAAGUCCUGUUCUUUUUCUGGGUCUGUGAGACAUUCCUAACAGCCAUGGCAGCUUCUUCCCAUUGACAACAUGAGUGUGAGUAUGAGUCUGUAUAGGACCUGCUGUCGGGCUUUUAAAAUUCCACUUAAACAUCUGUGAGCAUACAGAGCUACCUGUAUUCCUCACUCUGCUCAGUAAAUGGGACACCAGGACUGCAACGGCAGUAGCUCAGUUUGGAGUUGAUGCCAGCGUGGCACUUAAGCCGUUCUCUAGGAGUGUGUGAAACCUGAGAUGGUUCCUUGUUUUAUUAAUGUCUUAUUUGAUAGCGAAUAUGUGGAACUAAUUUGUCCCUUGCCCUUGAAUUGAUGAAGAUGCAUACUAAUACAAUAAUAAUUUAAACUAAUCUGAAUUUGUAAAAAUUGUCUUAUACUGAAGAAAUAUCACUUUGGAGGGCAUCCUAAAGAGUCGAGAUUUUUUUUUUGAAGCGAUUCAACAGUGGUCUGUUUAUAGUUCAUUCUUAAGUUGAUGCAUCUGAAAUGUAUGAAAAAUAUGCUAUUUUUUCCUAUCAACGCAAAGUCUCCUUUUAAUGAGGUUUCCCCUAUUUUGCUUGGUAACCUCUUUCUUCAGCAUUAGUAAAAUCCUAGGGUUAACCACUACAGCCUUUCUCCUACACAUGAUGAAUGAGUUUGACACUAAUGAUGAGAUGGGCGUGUUUCUGAUCUGUGACUGACAACAGGUAGGUUUUAAGUUUCUCUCACAGCAGCAUCCCUGUACUGUACACUUGAUUGCUGGGCGGGGGACACCUUUUUUUUAAACAAGGAUUCCUUGGGAAAGGCUUGCCUACUGAGAGAAGCACUGGAGCUGCUUGUGAUGCCAGAACUGACAGCCUUAAAGUAAAAGGACGAGUCAUCUUUCUCGUCUCAGACACAGAAUCUUUUUGAAAGUGACACUGUGUGAUUUAGAGUCAACGUGUCUAUUUGCUGCCAAGAAUCAAGUUGCAGGUAAUCCUCUUACAGCCUUGUUUUUUGAAGAAAACAAAACAAACUGUAGAACUAUAGUGCACUCCAAGUGCCAUAUAUCUAUUUUAUUCUUCAGGAAAUUAUAUUUUUCUUUUACAGAGCACAACAGGAACCAAAGUAAAAGAGUAAUAGAUAUAGCACUCAGGAUAAAUCAAAUC